AGGAGCCAGUGAGCGCAGCGCGCUGGUGUUGCGACUGCUGCCGCCUCCUCUUCGGCUCGUUUUCCGGAGCCGCGGCGGCGAUUCUUCUUGUUGUCUUCUACCUGUGACCGUCAUGGAGCAGCGUGGGAAGGAGGCACCUGCUGCCAGGGCGCCCACCCGGCUGGGAAUUGUGCUCCGGCACCUCUUGCCCUCCCGGCCCGCUAGCCUGGCCGCCCUCACACCAUUUCCUACUGCAACCCAAGCUGCUACUAUGAAAUAUCCAAAACAGUUUUGCUACACCUUGGAUAAUAACCUUCUAAGCCCAGAACAAAGGCAUUUCUAUGAGGAGAAUGGUUUCCUAGUCAUAAAAAACCUGGUCUCCAAUGAGGACAUUGAACGUUUCAGAGAUGAGUUUACAAAGAUCUGCAAAAAGGAGGUGAAUGUGCCCGGGGUGGUGGUGAUGAGAGAUAUCACCAUUGCCAAAUCAGAGUUUGUUCCAGAUCAGAAAGCAGUUACAAAAUUACAAGAUUUUAUGGAAGAUGAAGAGCUCUUCAGAUAUUGCACAUUGCCUCAGAUCCUGAAAUAUGUUGAAUGCUUCACAGGACCAAAUAUCAUGGCUAUGCACACUAUGUUGAUAAAUAAACCUCCAGAUCCUGGAAAGAAGACUUCUCGCCAUCCAAUGCAUCAGGAUUUGCAUUUUUUCGCCUUCCGACCCGCAGAUCGCAUUGUUUGUGCCUGGACUGCCAUGGAGAGGAUUGAUCGCAGGAAUGGAUGCCUUGUAGUGUUGCCAGGAACUCACAAGGGGUCUCUGAAACAGCACGAUUAUCCUGAGUGGGAGGGUGGCGUAAACAAGAUGUACCAUGGAGUGCGUGAUUAUGACAAAAGUGUUCCCAGAGUUCACCUUGCUAUGGAGAAAGGAGACACAGUAUUUUUCCACCCUUUACUCAUCCAUGGCUCUGGAAUGAACAAGACGGAAGGGUUUCGAAAGGCAAUCUCUUGUCAUUAUGCAAGUUGUGACUGCCACUAUAUUGAUGUGAAAGGAACUACUCAAGACAACAUUGAGAAAGAAGUUCAAGAGAUUGCAAGAACAAAGUAUGGUAUAGAUUCAGCUUUCGCCAUGAAGGAUGCUUGGAUGCUUCGAAGUCGUCUUGUUAAAGGAGAGAAAAGAAGUCUUUAAAAUGUUACCCAGGUGCCAAGGCUGGAAUAUCAUAUACUGGAUUUCUGAAAUGCCUAAAAAAUCAUGACCCCCUUGCUCGAAUGUGUUCUGAACUUUUUUUCUUACUGGUCUAAUUCAAGUACUAUGCAAUCAGUAGUAAUCUCAAACAAUUCUGAAGUGGAUUUAUAUGAUAAUGACUCUAAGGCUGAAUAGUAGGCACACCUGCACACCUAUAUGCAGGGAAAGACCCGCAAUGGCUGUGCAUCUGUGCCAUAUCGGUUAGAUGACACAAGUGCAGGUUUGCAGCCACCGUGGGGCUUCCCCACAGUGCUGCGUUUUGAAAAAGUUAGGGAUUUACCCCAACUUUUUCUAAGGGAAUAAUGUCAACACGGUGCUUCUACUCCGGGGCCAAGCCGGGGGCGGAGCCUGGUGGAAGGCAACCAGCAAUUGGUCGGUCGCCUUCCAUCAGGAAGAGGGCAGUGGUGGCUCUGGGACCUGGAUGGCUUCCCAGAAACCCCGCGCUCCGUCCUAGGCAUCAGGAUUACUCAAUGCCGCCCCAGGAGAGGGAAAGCACAGGGUUGAAGAGAGAGGCGGCACCAACCUGGCUCUGUGAAGUCAACCCCCUCCCCUACUUACCUGCAGAUGUGGUGGGAAUGUAGAGUGACAUGUUUUCCGGUCAAAUGUUUUCCGAGAAUUUAUGAAAAUAACAAACAACAAAUUAAUGUGUGUUCAGCAUUGGGGUUGUGCUUAAUAUUUGAGGGAGAAAAUGAAAAUUAUGUAUAAAGAAUUAAGCUUUUUUAUGUGGCUGCAUGACUAGAAAUUGCAAGAUUCAGGAAGGCAAAUUCUGAAAUAUCAAUAGAUCUAUGGUUUCAGAGAUUAUGGAUGAUUGCUCUAAUGGAUAAAUUGACCUAACAAAAACAGGCAGAAAGACAGCAGAAGAAGUUUUUAAAUGAUAAAGAAUUCAUUAAUAGUAACAGACUGAACACACUAUCUGCUCAAACAAUGGAUUUCUUACUGUUUAUAUAUUUAUAUACGUUUAAAAUUAAUAAAAACAUAAUUUAAAAAUGCAGUCAUGAUGGCAACAAGACAGGAUCUUGUAAUUCUACAUUGAAUAUUUUACUGAUUACCUCAAUUGGCAAUUUCCAGACCAUUUGGUCUUGACGCAUACCACCACAAGUGAAAUAAAUAAUUUUGAAAAAACUAUCAACUUCCAUUAAACGUUUUCAUAGUGUGAGGUUUAUGCCAUUCCCUUCUUCUCCUAAAGUAAUUCCUCUUGAUAAAUAAUCCUAUUGCAAAGAAUCCUUGAAGAGAAAAGGCAAGGCAGCAGUGGACUGCACAUUGUAUCAUGAUAUCUCUUUGUCCUGCAGUCUUUGCAUUUCCACACAUGAAAUGCUUAAAGAACUUCUUCUAGAGGGUCAGUAGAUGGUGCUCUUUUCCCAGAGAACCCAAUUAGCUAUUGCUGUAUGCAGUGUAAGUUCUACUUUUGAUUCUUCUGACCCUCAGCGUCUUCUGUCCCUCAUAUGUGGCUAUACAUGGGAUGUCUUGAAUUAUUAGCAGGGAAGACCACCUUCCAGGCCAAAUCAAACAAUUGCAUUGUUUGACUUGCAGGUAGGAUCGUCAUGAUCUAUUGUUUGCACUUUCAAAUGUCCAAAAGCUAAUAAGUACAUUCAUUUUGCGCAUGAAGUUAGACCCAAGGUAGAACAGGAACCCCUUGGGGGUUUGUUUUAUUGUUUCUUAAGCCCUCUUAGUCCCAGACUUGGGCAACAAAGCACCAUGCCAGGGAUACACUGCAACAUUUUGUUGUAGGACCCUAGUUGUUUUGUUUUGCUACUGGAGGAAGGAUGGAUUUCAUUGCAACUAACAUGAACGUGAUGAUUUCAGCACCAUUGCUAUCUUGCCUUGUCAAAAAGAGCAGUAGUAAUUGCGUAGGUUCCUUCUGCACACGUCCUGGACAGGAUAGGUAGAUGCACUGUGUUUAUGUCAUGAGCACCGCAGUUCAAGAAGCUUCGCAUGGGUUUAGAAGUGACAUACACAGAUGAUAGAUGUGUUUAUUUUUAAUCCAUUUAUUUCUCUUUAUUCCAAAGUUCUCAGGGCAACAUACAUAGUCCACCCACCAUUUUAUCCGCACAGCAACCCUGUGAGAUAGAUUAUCUCCAGUGAGUUUCAUGGAAGACUGGGAAUUUGAGCCUAAAAUAAAUACCCUCAACAGGCAUACCCUUUGUUUUUCGGUGUUGUUGUCCCCAAAUAUCCUUGUUCACGUGUGUGCAAACCUGGAAAUACAGAGUUAUUUUGCUGAGGUGUGGUGCACCCAUAGUAAAUUAUGUAUUACACUUUAACAAAACGGGAUAUUAGUUUCCUAACAAGUGCCCAUUUCUGUAGCUCUUUCUGGGUUUUUUGGGGGUCAUUUAUAAUUUAACAUAGAAAGUUUUUGUUUAAUCAAAUGUGCAAUAAAAGCUUAGUUAUACUAUUUUUAGUAACCUGUAACAUAUUUAAGCAUAAUUCUGACUUCAUACUAAAGUUAUAAUUAGAUACAUCAGAUACUAAUAGCCUAUUUCCCCUCCUUAUUGUUUUAUUAUGAUUUUAUUAGAAUGUAAGCCUAUGCGGCAGGGUCUUGCUAUUUACUGUUUUACUCUGUACAGCACCGUGUACAUUGAUGGUGCUAUAUAAAUAAAUAAAUAAAUAAAUAAAUAAAUAAAUAAAUAAAUAAAUAAUCUAACAUGUUCGACACAGAAUUUGGGGUUUCAAUUAAUGAUAAUAAAAGUGUCAUCAAUA